ACGUCCAUGACGCUAGGAUUUUGAGACUUCGCGUCCCAUGGUUUCGCACCAGGAGACAUCAAUGUGGACCGAGGUCCCGGAGUCUCAGUCGAGCCUUUAGAAGCGGUGGUCUCUUGAGAGCUCAUGUUGUCAGGUGAGUGUGUCUUUGAGGUGGUGGUUGUUUGGCUACUGUAGCGAGAGUGUGAUGCACCGAUAAUUUGGAAGAUGGGAAAGGGAAAGGGGGCAGUGAGGCUAUCAUUACUUAUAUCCUUGACUUUCUCGAGUCUGGAAUCUACUGUCCUGACCCUACCCUAUGGAGACUGGAAGUCCAUCUGGUCAAAAGAGCGAGCGUGUCGGAGUUACAUUUCUCCUCCACUCCAUCUCCGUAAAGGAGCGUUCUUUUCUCGGAAGCUCCAUUCGAAGGCGUCUUUGACAUCCUUUGACCCAGAUAAGUAACCCGGCCGACCUCAGAUCCGGUAUCAAAGGUUGGCUCAAAGGCCUAGACCUUUUGCAGACAUGAGUUCGAGGAUUCUAGGCCUCCCCUCCCAGCCCUGGCUGGAAAGUUGGAAGAAUCGUUCACCUCUGCAGCGUACUCAUCCUCCCUUCAUGUGGACUUCAUCUGACCAGCCAACUUGGGCGAGACAUCAGAGGAAAGGCACGGUUAGAUGCCUUCCCGAAGAUGGAGAAUGAAGGAUCCCCUCUGGUCACUUUUCUCCCCGCUCAUAGUUCCACACCGGAUUCACAGCUUAGUUGCAGCCACCGCUGGCUGGCUUGCUGGCUGACUGACUGCCACUUUGCCACACUGGUGGCAUCGUGCGCUUAGAGCGGUUGAAUUGCGGUAAAAACUGGCGGCGAUGUCCGAAACCUUCGGGAGACACGCUUUCGGAUUAUUGCUGACUU